AUCGUUGUGUCAGCGUAUUCGUGUCCUGAUCGUCGAUAUAGCCGUAAUUCGCAGUUAUAUGGUACAACGUGAUAUCAGGCGCCGUUCGAUUAUCGAAAGUACGACAUUUGGAAUAUGAUGACGUAGAGAUCGGUGUUCACGUUCGUUACUCUUUUGGUUAUCCUGGAGUAAAAGAACCCGCCAUAAUAGCGCCAUUUUGGCGGGAGGUAGAAUGAAAAAUGAGCGGGAAGCUUAACGUGAGAAAAGCUUCGAGAAAACGCAAAUGACUUUCUUGCGUUUGCCAGGAAAGUGGUUGGAGACGAUGGAUAGCGGUGCGAGGGGACUCGAAAAUAACUUCGUCCUGUGGAUAUGAGAAUGAGAAAGAGAGAGAAAGAGGAAGAGAGGAAGAGGGAGAUAGUCAUCACUCCGCUGGUACUCUCGCAUGCUUUUGCUUUUACGAGUCCAGUGUGUUUCGAUAGACGAAGAACGCGUGUUUCACCUUUUCAACACGAAGUCAGAAGAAAGUGGAGAAAGAAAGAAAAAAUAUGUCCGGGCAGAAAGUGAAAUAUGUUAACAAGCAAUUCAACUCUCCGAUCAACUUGUAUUCACCGCAAGCAAUACAGGAGACUUUGGAGAGGCAAACUCAGGUUCUGGCUAAUGGAGCAGUCGGGAUCGAUUUCAACCAGCUGGCCAAGCCGGCAAAUUUGCAAAACAGCGCUGUUCUACGCAUGCUCGAAGAGGAGGAAGCAAGACAACGAGGUGGUCAACCAAAUUUGAAACGUGUUGCUUGGCCACCACCUCCUGAAGAUCAAGAUCUUGACUUCGUUGAACAAGGACCUGUACAAGCGAAGACCCGUGGAAUCGGUGAGAUUCCCUCGUACCAGAGCAGUCCUUCGUCAGGUCCAUCACCUCAACCACCAUCGACGGUAGCCCGUUCAUCGACUCAGAGUGCUCUUCCAUCGUCUCCAUCGCCGUCGAUCAGUCCAAGUGGAACUCUUCUACGACAACCAUCGCAUUUUCAACAGCCAUUUGCACCUAAAGGUUGGGCACCUGUGACACCACCUGCUACUUCACCUAUUCUACAACAACAUCCUCUUCAAGCUUGGUCCAAUCAACCACAGCAACAACAACAAGCUCAGACUACUUGGAAGCAGCAUCCUCAAGAGCACAACGAGCGAACGAGACAACAGAAUCAACCGUAUCAAUCUUACGGUCCUGCAUCUUACGAAGCACCACCGUCUACCAUUGUUCUUAGACCGGAGCCUCCGAUCUCACAGGCACCAGCACCGGUGUACCAAGCACAACCUGCUGCAACAAAAGCUCCAAUCAGUGGUAACAUGAGAGGAGAUCUCAAAUGGCCACCACCUUCCGUAAAAGCACAAACGGAAGCUGAGAAUAGAGCCAGGAUGGAUCUGGCUAAAGGACCUGCAUUCAGGCCACGCCGAGUUAACAAGGAUUACAGCGGAUUUUUUGCUCAACAUGCUCUUAACAAUACUUAUCCAGGUUACAGAGCUCCACCAGGAACUCAAUACUUUACUCCAUCUUAUCAACAUUAGCAGAGGCAUUCUAUAAUAUAUUCGCAUUAUAUUUUCGCCUUAAUAUUACAUAGAUUUUUUAGGAUAUCUGCGCAAAUUCCGAUAAUGCCAAUCGACUAAUUACUUGAAAUGAAGUUUCACUUUCCUCAGGUUCUUUCUUUUUUCUUUUUUCUUUUUUCUUUUCAAAAUGAGAUUCAUCGAGAGAAAUGAUAAAACAGUUAUCGCAUUUUUAAACUGACUCUUUAACGAUGAAUUAUUUUAUUUAACAUAAUUUUAAUAUAUUACUCAUCUCUUUAUAUAGGUCUUGGCAAGCUCGUUGUACAGAUUUCCUGUGUCGAGAAUGUAUAUAUAUAUAUAUGUAUAUAUAUAAUAUAUAUAUAUAUAUGUAUAUGUAUCUAUUUACAGAGACUGACCGACCCGUAAAUUAUCAUAAUUUUACAUCUUUUUUUUCUUUUUCUCUUCUUUUCUUUCUGCCUUUCUUUCUUUAGUCGCAUAAAUAUUUUGAUAAAAAAAAAAAAUAAUGAAACAAAUUUAUGCACAAGUAUGCUUUCCACGUUUUUUUUUUUCGUGUUGACAUUUUUAAAGAUCAUGACAUUUUUACAGGACAACUAAUGCUUCCAAAAUGUUUCCAGCUCUAUAAUAUAUGUCCUUAAAUGAAAAUGAACACAGCAAAAUGAUAUGCGAAGAUCGAAUGCCCGAAUAAUGCUAGAAAUGAACAAAGAAACUUAAACGAUUAAACGAUAUCGAAUUAAUAUAGAAUAAUAUUAAUAGACGAACAAGAUAUUCGAAUGUUAUAUAAUUAAUUACAUUAUGAAAUCGAAGAAAACACAUUAACGCACUAAAGCAUAAUUUGACGUCGCAUAAUAGUUAUUUAAAAAUAAAACGUAUCUUUUAUAACACAAUUUGGCACUAAUGUGUCUAUGAAUAACUAACGAUACGUUUGUAAUUAUGUAAUUUAUUGUUGUGGAGAGAUAAAUAAAAAGAUCUUUACAAAUUUCAA